AUGGCGACGGUUGUGCGCGAGGCCCGUGCGGCGCUGGACUCGCCCCAACUGCUGCGUCGCUUCCGCAGUGGCUCCGCGCCACGGCGGCAGCUGGAACCGCUGGAACCUCUGGAGACAAGCCCUCGGCGAGGCGGGAAGGGCCCACGGGUCCCACUGCCACCGCUGCGUGGAAGCUCACAACCACCACGCAGACCAAGGACGCCAGACUCAAAGCCACCAGAGCGGGAGAUUCAGCAUUUAGAGAAAGAUGACGCUGAGGCCGCGGCCGUCCUUGAAGAUUUGGAUGCCUUCAGGCAGAGUCUGGAAGAACAGGAUAUGGUGCUCACAGGCUUGGCCAGUCGAAAGGCAGAGCUGCAACACCUGCUGGAAGAAUCCCGCCAUGAGGCAAAGGAGUUGAGCCAAGCCCUUGCGUCUUUGGAAGAGAAAGAAGAGGAGGUCUUGAAAAACGAGGACGAUGAGUUGCCUUGGGACUUCCUGAUUGACUUCCUGAACUGCGACAUCCGUUUUUCUGCUGCCUUAGCCGUUGCCAAUGUGGGUAGAGCACCAGUGCAACAUUUGUUGGGACACUCACCGUACCUGGGCAGUACGACCUCACCAAAGAUGUCGCAAGUGGAAGCGGACAGGUGGCAAGAAUUGCGUGCUGCAGCCGAAGAUGUGCAGAUUGCCAGUGAAACGUGUGUUGUGCGAUGUGGACGUUUGGCAAGCUACUCUGCAUCUGAGGCAAUCAAGGACCGCCAGGAACAAGAAUCGCCGCAGUGGUCACAGGAGGCCCCGUUGCUGGUGCGUGCCAGCCUCGUGGGUGCAAGUACUGCAAUGAUGACGCCACUCUUUCCGGUCAUUGGCCUCAACUAUUUGGUCUUUCGUCACGUGCCGGCGGAUGUGCGGAUGGUGUGGCUUGGAGGAACUUCCAUGGUGUCCUAUUCCAUCAUGACUUUGGUUCCAAACGCCUUCUACUAUGCUCCGGUACUUCUGCCAUUUGCGCUUGGAAAUGGCGUCGUCGCAGGUUCGCUAUACUUGGCAGCAGACGUUCUUGCUGGUGGACCCAAGGCGCUGGCCCAGCAUCGCCUUUUCAACGGCCUCGUACCGCUUUUUGGUCCAGCGCUUGGUGCGACCACUGCCAUGCUGGUCCCGUACACCUAUCCGCUCUGUUGGGGCUUUGUCUUUCCGUGGGACGACUCUUUUCAGGACUUAACGAUGAAGACAAUCUUUAAUGUCUCCACUCAUCCCUUCGUGUCUUCCUGCCUGUCCUUCACAGGGCUCGCUGCUGGCCUGGUGAUCCACAAGAUGCUGGAGCCGGUGAUUCUGGGCCUUCCAGGUUGGUCUUGGCCCUCCUUGGCCGGUUCCGUUCUGGCGGUGUCGGGCUUUGGACUCAUCGCUUUGUAUUCAGCUUCCAGUCGGACAACUGUUCCGCAUCUCGAAGAUGCAGACCUGGACGAUCCAAAUCUCAAAGGUUGGAUUUGGGCUUCCAAAGUGAACUGCAUGGUUUCGCCGGAGGAACUCUGCUGGGUUCCUAGCCUGGAUCAUCGCAGUGGUGAUGCUUGCAGCAUACAGCUGGAACCCAGUGACUUCAGAGAGGAAGAUUUUACUCUCAAGCGGAAAGGGAAGCCUGUUAAAGGCUUGGAGGAAUACAGGAAGAGCUGCAGGUUGCGAGAGCGCGCGAAGAAAGACACAGCCAGGUGCUUUCUCAGCCACUUCGAGGCUUUUUGGGAUGGCCUGUACAAGAAGUCUCUACAAGCCUCAGAUCUGCAAAGAUUGGAACAGGCACUGCGUGUUCCCCGAGUCAUGGAAGAUGCUUUGGUCUUCUGCCUUCAAGAUUUGGAUCCAAGAGGCUUGAUCAAGCCGUUGGAGGAGCUGCAAUCGCUCUUCUCCAAAGAUUUGCCCAAGAAAUCUGCUGCAGAGCUAGUCCAAGACCUGGGCUCAUUGCGGGCAGCGCAAUUUCGAGAGCUUCAGCGAAUUGCUAGGGGUCAGACGGGGCCCUUCAGGGCAGAUGAGAUCCAAAUGAGUCUGGAAAAGGCCAAGAUCAAGCCCGACAGGGUCCUGCAGUCCCUGAAAGACCUUGAUUGGAAGUUCAAGGAUUCGGCAGUGCGACGAAGAAACGAUUGGUUGCUACUGCAGAUGUGGAAAGACGAGCAGGAAGCAGCAGUGCUGGUGAAGCGUUUGACCUAUUCCGUGGGUGCCAUUGGGCUAGUUCUCUUGGGCGGCUAUGCAGUGAGUUGUACAUACACUGUGCAGAUGUCAUGGCCGUUGUCGCACAAUUUGGCCAUCUGCUACCUGAGAAAGAAGUGUGAGAAUCACGUGUCGCUGCAUGGUCAGAAAAGGCCGAAGCUUUUGCCUGAGGACUGUGCAAAUCGAACAUCAUGUUUGCCUUAUUUGGAGGCUCUCUUGGCAUAUCCCAUCAUGAUCCAAGCCGCACCGUGCUUGGAGGAUUCAAGAUGGCCAAUAACACAAGAAGAGGUUCAUGACAACUCUAUACGCUGGCUCGUAUGGUUGUGGGCCCGUGGUGCAGAUUCACCUCCUCCUUAUUGGCGCGGACAAUCAGGAACGCUGCGCGUGCGCCAUCCACUGCAAUACGAGGCUGCCGGGGCCUUUGCUGGCAAACGUCGCUCUGUCCCAGGUGACAGCACUGGGGCAACAAGCCUCUUAAAGAGUGUAGCCAAGUCCUGGGACCCUUCUGGAAGCCAGAAGUUUGAUGCUCUAUCUAUGCGACAGCAGCAUUUUGAAACCAUCUUCGGUGACAUGGGCCGACCAUGGCAGACCAAAACUCGUGGCCCCAUGACGAUCCAGACGAAGGUGCAUCCAGAUGACUUCAAGGGCCCUCGGAGCUCACUGCGCUUCUUUAUCUACGACCUGCCACCAGCAGCACAUGCAGAAGCACUUGUGCAGCUCCAUGGCCGAAUCCGAGAGGCAGCACAGCAUCCAACAACGUGCAACUUUGGGAUGUCGCCAUGUGUCGAAAUGCGCGGGGAGGGUGGUGCCUUCACUGGCUAUCGGCCCUAUGCCGCAGAGGUCACUUUCCUGUCCAAACUCCUGUCUGCACCAGAUGAAGUGAUAGUGGAGGAUCCUCGCCAGGCCUCCUAUUUCAUUGUACCCUUCCUAUCAUCCACAUGGUGCUUUAUCAGCGCUCCUAAAACUUGGGUUCGAUGUGGUGAUCAGCGUCCACUCACUCACAUCCUCCCGCUGCUAGAGUACUACAAUGAAUCCACCGCGCACCGCCACCUUUUCAUUGGAAGUGACACCGUAGGCAACAUGCCGCAAGACCUCCAGAAGCAAUCACUGCUGCUGCACUAUGGACCAACACCCUGCGGGCCAGGGCUGGGGCCCCUCAUCACUCCGGCACCGGUCACCGAUGACCUUCCGGUGCCGAGCCGGUGGGAAUUUAGCUCCAAGGACCUGCUGUUGUUUACUGCUGAUGGCAUUGGCGGGAGACCCUUCCGCAAGGAAGUGGUAGAAGAACUUCAACGAUGGCAGCACACGAUGCCGCACCUAUUUGUGGUGUCCAAGCGCGAUCGGAGAGGAAACACGUCUCCGGUGUGCAGCACGUGCCACAGCACUCCAAUGGGACCUGAAUGGGCGCACCAGAUUCGACGUGCUCUCUUCUGCCCUGUAUUGCCUGGAGACAAUACUUUCCGCAUGCGGCUCUUUCACGCUGUUUUAGCGGGCUGUCUUCCAGUGGUCAUACUAUUUCCUGGUGGAAGCUGGUACAGAAACCACGGGCCGCCGGUUGAAUGGAGCUUUCCCUUUCCAGGCCAGGUGGACUGGCGCGGAUUUAGCAUUGAACUGCCCUUCGAUCCUGCGACAGAGGCUUUAUCUGACUGGGCCAAGCGGCUAGUCCCAGCUUUGCUCAGGCUUGAUGUUGCGGAAAUCCACCGCAAGCAAGAGCGCCUUGCAAAGGCGGUCCCGUUGCUGCGAUACGACUUCUCCGGUAGCCAGCCAGAUGCGUUCACCGCCUUGAUGGAUGAGCUUGCCAAGCGACCAUUGGCGAAGCCGGAGCUUGACUGCUUUGACCCUCGUGAGCGCUUCAAGACGGAGCGUUGCGAUUCUGGUGUGAAAAGCCUAGCCUAUGAGGAGUCUGAGAUCUAUGGCAUAACGGCUUGCUGUCCAAAGUGGCCAAGCUUUGACCCGGCAAACACCAGCGAAGGAACCACCAGCUGA